UCUUGCCAUAAUUAAUUAUCACUGAUAUUAAUUCCAUGAUGACCAAGUCCUUGUGUUUUUCAUGUUUACUAAUAUUUUUCCUUUUGGUUGUACAAAUGCAAAAGGUGAGUCCUACGUCAAACGAAGGAAUGAUUAAGUUGAGAGUUGGAGUUCCUAAGAAAGACGGUUUUACCCAAUUUCUAAAAGUAGUUUGGAAUUCUCGUGAAAACAAGUAUAACGUGUCUGGUUUUUGCAUGGAUAUUUUCAAUGCCGUAGUGAACAAGUUAACUUUCAAAGUUUCUCUACAAAUUGAACCUUAUGAAUUUGAAAACACUGCUGCAACAUACGAUUCACUUAUCCAACAAGUCCCAACAAAGUAUGACGUUGCGGUGGGGGACAUAACAAUCGUGGCGAACCGUUCACAAUUUGUAGAUUUCACACUACCAUUUACAGAAUCAGGAGUUAGAAUGUUAGUUUCAGUUCAACAUGGAAGGCAGCAAACCAUGUGGAUUUUUGUGCAACCCUUCAGCUGGCAGCUUUGGUUGAGCAUACUCUUAAUCUCCAUGCUUAUAGGAUCUGUGUUACUCAUCAUGGAAAGAAAUGUACAAACCCUACACGAAGAGCAUUCCUCGUUUAAAAAACAGCUCACUGCUAUAACCAUGUUAUGGUUUCCCUUAUCACAAGCUGUUCUUCCCGAAAGAAAAGUGGUCGCUAAUAACUGCUCGAUAUUUGUGUUGAUGGUUUGGCUUCUGUUGGCGUUUGUCCUAAUGCAAAGUUAUACUGCAAACUUGACAUCGAUAUUGACCUUAGAUCAGUUGCAACCUAGUUUUCUCGACGUAAACGAUCUAAGGAAAGGGGAUCAUUAUGUUGGAUAUCAAGCUGGUUCUUUUGUGUAUGAUUUAUUAGUACAACAAUUGAAGUUUAAUCCAUUGAAGUUGAAAGCAUAUAGCACCAUUUCUAGCUAUCAUGAUGCUUUAAAGCUUGGAAGCAAGAAAGGGGGUGUCACAGCUAUAUUUGAUGAAGUGCCCUACCUUAAUGUGUUUCUUCAAAAGGUUAAAUCCAAUUACAUCAUAGCUGGUCCAACCUAUAGAACUGGUGGAUUUGGUUUUGCAUUUCCUUUGAAUUCCAAUCUUACUGCUCACUUUUCAAGAGCAAUAUUGAGUGUGACACAAAAACAUGAAUUUAUGGAAAAGAUAGAGAAAAAAUAUUUUGGAAAGAGUAUUGAAGGUCCACAAAUAUCUUCAGCUUCACCAAGUCUCACCCUUCACAGCUUUUCAGGGCUCUUCUUAAUCACCAGCAUUUCUACCUUAUUGGCGUUAUUUGUCUCGGAAACUUUUUGGUUUUGGCAAAGAUCCAUUUUAGUGAUCAAAGAGUAUUGUCGGAGAUAUUUCUUUCAUUCACCACCUCCUACUCAAGAAAUAAUCAAUCAACAAAUGACUACUCCUUCCCGUCCUUAUUAUAAAAAAAGUCUUACUUUUUGAAUUUAUUGAAUAAUUACUGUAUAUAUUGCUAUUAGUCAAGAGGUUAAGAAGUUAAUUAGUUACUUUUGUAAUUACUUGUUUCACAAGUAACAACCAUUAGUGAUGAUGUAGUGUAACCAUAAAUGUGUUUAGUGUGCUUAAUCAUUCACUAAUGUAUAUAAUAUAAGAUCAUUUUGUGCCAUAAUGUAUCUAAGA